ACAGGUGCUAAAAAAGUAGGCAGUAGCGUGGACGUUAUAAAGUUAUUUUCUAUAAUGUACUUAAUUAGUUUCUAACUUCAUAUCAAGUAGAUUGUUGAAUAUUCAGUGAGCUUAAAGUCAUCAUGCUGCCAAUGAAAAUGAAAAUCGACAAGAAGCUCCUGCCAAUUAAAGGCCACUUCUUUUUAUAUAAUGCGGGCACGGCUCCAUUAGUCCCAUACUUGUCUACAUAUGCUCGUCAAUUGGGAUUUUCAUCUGCCACUGUUGGUCUCAUUUAUACAAUACUGCCUAUAUUUGGUCUUAUUGCCAAACCACUUUUUGGUGUUAUAGCUGAUAGGUUUAAAAUACAAAAGCCAAUAUUUUUAUUAUUUCAAAUAGUGACAUUGAUAAGUUUUUCGGCUAUAUACUUUAUACCGGAGAAUGCGUCUAAACUAACAGCCGAAUUGGAUUGUGGAGAUGGCGCGACGAUGCUUAAAAGUUGUUAUAAGACAGCUGAAGAAAUUGACAGCUGUAAGAUAAUAUCUUUGGGUAAUCAAAAUGCUACGGCUGAUUGUAGGAUGAACUGUGAUAUGACGUCACCAAAAAUGUGGCAAACUGUAUGCGAACAUUGGAACAUACCGCAGUACUGCUAUAGUAACACGGAAAGCAUAGAAUACAUCUCACACAUUAGUAAUAUAACACUAAAAGACAGGUGUGCCUACAUCCCAACACAUAAUGUGACACUUGAAGGAUAUAAUUUUAAGCCAAGUUGUCGCAUUGGAAACGGUUUCGUGGACGUCAACGAACCAUGCACUUUGAAGUGUACAAAUGAACAGCUUUCUGGUGUCAUUGGACCAAAUAAAGCUAAUAUGACAUGCGUUGAUAAUACUUUGAACUACCGCUUAUGUGAUGGUAAUAUGAGUACCAUAGAUAAUAUAAAGACAAACCAAAUGGAUCAAUGCAAGGCAACCUGUGAACUGGACAAAACUCAGCCCUGGAAGCUAAUGGAGAUCUGUCUAGGCUGGGGUGCUGACGUCACGAACGCUUGUAAACCCAAGACAAGGGCGGGUGAACAUUUACCAGAUCAUUUAUCCUUUACUGGCGUGGUACGAUUGUCCAAAACGGUCACUGAACAUAAGUGUGUGUUCUUGAGGAUGGAACAUAUUGUGAUGGACGAUGGCACUAUACAUUAUCCAGAUUGUAUAUCCAAAGCUCAAUAUGAAAUGGAAGUCAGUCUGUUUCAUCCAUCGUGUGAAAUCAGCUGUAACAAUGCGCAGAUAAAUGAAUUAUUACAAGCCGCAAGAGACAGUACCAGUGAGGAAACUAAUCAAUAUACAAAACAAUUUUGGCUGUUUUUCAUGCUUAUGCUCAUAAGUUGGGUCGGACAAGCUGUUACCGUUACUUUUGCGGAUGCUAUCUGUUUUAAUUUACUGGGUACUAAAGUAUCUCAGUACGGCAAACAGAGGCUGUGGGGUUCGGUCGGAUUUGGUCUAUUUUCCCUACUAACUGGCAGCCUUAUAGACGUGUUCAGUGACGGAGCGUACAAGGACUAUACUAUAGCGUUCAUACUCAUGUUUGUGUUCAUGUGCGGCAGUAUUAUUGUGUCGUGGUUUGUUAGGGUGGAAUCCACAAAAUUCUCAGUGAACAUCCUUGCAGACGUUGGAUCUCUACUACGUUCGUUACACACGUGUGUGUUCAUAGCAUGGACGAUAGCGGUUGGUCUCUGUACUGGGCUGAUAUGGCAGUUCCUCUCGUGGCACAUAGAAGAUGUAGCAAGGCUGUCUUGUGAUGGAGCGGACUAUAUGAAAACGUUGCAGGGGCUUGUGAGCGCUAUACAGACGUUCUGUGGUGAAAUACCGUUCAUGUUUUUGUCUGGUUACAUACUAAAAAAGCUUGGUCACAUAAACAUGAUGACUGUAGUGCUAUUCGCUUUUGGGGUCCGUUUCAUACUAUACUCAGUAGUGACUAACGCGUGGUGGAUAUUACCUAUAGAGAUGCUACAAGGCAUUACAUUUGGAAUGUUCUACCCAACUAUGACGUCAUAUGCUAAUGUAGUGUCUCCACCGGGCACAGAGACAACUGUGCAAGGUCUUGUAGGUGCAAUAUUCGAAGGCAUUGGCACAUCGCUCGGCAGCUUCAUCGGCGGUCGUUUAUACGAGACUUAUGGUGGCUGGAAUACAUUCCGAUGGUUCGGCUAUGGUGCGUUCGUUGCUUGUGUAGUGCAUGCGAUCACACAGUACGCGAUAAAGGAUAAACAUAGCCACGUGGAGCUCAAUCAAGGUUAUACAUCGGUGAUUCACUAUGGGCAGAACAAUGACGUUGUCCAUAUAUUAGACGACAUGGAUGGUGAAAGCUAGUGAUAAAGUAUUUAAAUAAAUACAUACUCAAAUAGUAAUUAUGUACUUAGGUAGUUGUAGACAAUUAUUGCUCUUUCUUGCCUUUUUAUUUAUUUACAACUAGCGGUCUGUCCCGGCUUCGCCCGGGGUACAUAUUUGCGUUUUGUCUACUUAAGAACCAUCCUCGUACCUACUUUAAGGAAUAUAAUAAAAAAAGAAUUAUCGAAAUCGGUACAUCCGUUAACACGUGAUGCCGUGACAACGCGAAACGGGUUUCAUUUUUAGAUAUAUAGAUUUAUUAAAGCUUUCUAUGGAAGUUAUAGUUAUUACAAAAUAUGUAACAGCUGGUGCUCAUUUUAGACAUUCAAGAAAAUAGUUAUAUAAUAAU